CUUAAGGUAAAAAUCUGUGUGUUCUUUUAAAUCCCUCAGGUUUCAUAUUUUAUUGCUCAAAAGUCUGCCUCCCUGAAGUUCUUGUAUGGACUAGUUAUUUCCUUCUGUGAAGAAGCUGUUUAGUUCGUUCUUGCCUGGUUUGGAAGAACCCAAGGGAGGCAGUUCUUGCAGUCCUGUCUCCUUCCAUUCCCCUCCUCCCCUCAGUCCUGGCUGGAGCAAUGAGUCUGUCAGUUCCAGGCAAGAGACAAGGCAGACAAAGGUUCAUUUGUAAAGAACCUCUUUCCAGCACCUCCUCUCUUCUCCGUUUGCCCAAACUCACCCAGUCAGUUUGAGCAUUUAAGAAGAUUCUUCUGCCAACGAAACCAAAAGGAAAGAAGAAAAAGGGCUAAAACCAAGAUGAAAUUUAUGGUACUUGUCACUGUUGGGAUAACUUUGUUGCUAGGAGUCCAAGCCAUGCCUUCAAAUCGCUUGUCUUGCUACAGAAAGAUACUAAAAGAUCGCAACUGUCACAACCUUCCAGAAGGAGUGGCUGACCUGACACAGAUGGAUGUAAAUGUCCACGACCAUUUCUGGGAUAGGAAUGGAUGUGAGAUGAUCUGUUACUGCAAUUUCAGUGAAUUGCUCUGUUGCCCAAGAGAUAUCUUCUUUGGACCAAAGAUCUCUUUUGUAAUCCCUUGCAACAAUCACUGAAAAUCUUCAUGUAUUCUGGAGAACACCAUCCCUAAUUUCCUAUCAGUGUGCUGAAUUUCUAGUUUCUAUCCAGUGCAAUAAAGCAUAGAGUCUAUAAAGUCUUAUUUGCCUAGGUCAAGUGAACCUGUGUUGAGCAAGUACUAAUAAAAGUUAAUUCAAUUUAA